ACGCACAGAGCGAGCAGGGCUCAGCCAGCGCAGCUACCGGUAUCGGUACUCGUAUCAUACAGGACGCCGACGACAGCUCCAACGGAAAAACAUGUGGGCGAAAGAUCUAAUCUAAUCUACCGAUGGCAUGGCCGUAUCAUACCGAAUUCCUCAAGGGUUUGUUGGAUCCUAUCCGCGCAGAGCAGCAGCAGGGCCCAGCAAGCACCUUAUGCAGCCGUGUAAAAAAGAAAGUAGGCAAGGGUUGGGAAGGGGAGUGAAAAAAAUAAAAAAUGAGCGAACGGAAUAAAAAAUGAAGGACUGGAAAAAACAAAUGAAACUAAAGGUACUGUACGGUACACGCGAAGUGGUGGAGUGAUACCGAACGCUCUCUCCGGACCUGCUCAUCCUUCCCUCAACACCCUCUUCCUCUCUCUCCCUGCUGCUCCGGCUCCUGCCUACUUUUACCACCACCACCACCACCUCAUCCUCCUGUUCAUUACCACUACAAAAGCUCUUGGUCUGCGUGAAAUUACUGUACUCUACUCGACUAACCUCAUCCUCUGCGUUUGUGCUUAUCAUCUCUUCAGCACACUCACCCCCCCACCGCUCCCCAAGCCGCAGUCUUCUUCCUUAUCUUCGGUCGUACUUCCUCCAUCACCUAGGCCUUUUCUUCGUCUUGCUUGCUCGCUGUCCUCGAUUCCUCCACUUCUCCCACGAUCUUCGCCUCCGUCCUCACAAUGCUUCUUCCUCCCCCAGACCGCCGCGAGUUGGCCCCUGCUCUGCCAUCCGCCACACAAACCGAAACGGAUCCCUCGGUGCAAACAUCGAUCCGUCCAGUGAGAGUUCCAGAUGGCACACUUAGGCUUCGUGGUGGCCCAGUCGAGAGCAGGCGAGUAAGAUGGGACGCUGAUGUUAUUGACAAUGAAGGCAUGGGGAAGAAGAAAUCGAAAGGUUUGUUUCACUAUGUUUCCAUAGAUCAUCAAACUGUCGCCCCGCUCUUCAUGUGCAAACAACAACGCUAUAGGUAUGGGAGCUCUGAACAUAAGCUGAUGUCUUUCCGUAAUAGUAUGCUGCAUUUACCACCGUCCCCAUGAAUACGACGAGUCCUCUAGUGAGAGCGAUUCUUCCUCCGACGAAGACAGCGAGGAUGAAGGCCGUGGCCAUGCUCACAAUAAAAAUUGUGGGCAUGGUCCCAAGAGAAGUUCUAAGGGGAAGUCAAGAGACAGCAAGCGGGCACCCAGUCCGAACGCAUACGAGAAGAUGCCAAAGCCUACGAGAAAGAAGCCGGCAAAUUAAAUUCUGAUUUGGAUAUCAGAGUCAACAACCUGCUAGAAAAAGCCAGGCGGGUGGGACGGUGGGAACGGUGGGGUGGGAUAUGCAUUUGCGGAUAGAAAAGGCUCGGGCAAAAAAAAAAGGGAGACUCAUAUGAUACCUCUAAUUUCUUCGGGUCAAUUUUUUUUUCAUGAUCCCCUUCGAUUCAUAUUUUACAUUUUUAUUUUCAUGUUCUGGGGUAACUCUUAAAGGCGUAUUAUUAUGAAUGCAUUCAUUAACCUUCUUACACUCGUUUUGUCC